GGGGGGGUGUGUUGCCCCUAUUAAAACAGAUUGUUUUCCUUGUAUUUUAUUUCCUCCAUGAUCUAAGGCCUACACUACUCUACACAAAUCUUAUCUCCCAAAAAGAAGCCUAAAUUAGAAUAUGGAAUAUGAAUCCCAUAGAUGAAGAAAAGAAUUGGCUGAAUCUUAACGUGGGACAAAACUUUGAAGAUUCUUAUCCAAGAUCAAAACCAAUCUCAGUGAAGAUAUGCCACUUCUGCAAGAGGAAGUUCUACAGCCCACAAGCACUUGGGGGUCAUCAAAAUGCUCAUAAAAGGGAGAGAGAUGCAGCAAGAAGAUACCACUCUCUUAACAUGGACACUAAGUUCCCAACUCAUCGAACACUUGGUGUGCAUACCCACUCGCUUCCAUAUAAACCAACCACAAAUGAAGGAGGGCAAAUAAUGGUAACAGUGGGUGACUAUGGAACUACAUGGGUGAAUGGUGAAGAGGGUUUAAUGUGGCCUGGAAGUUUUUAUUUGGAUUCACAAAUGGUGGCUCCUCAGCCUUCGGAUCAACUCUCACUUGAUUUAACUCUCAAGUUGUGAUUUUGGUAAUCUACUUUAUGUAUGUAUAAACUUUGUUGAUUAGGUUUAUUUAAAUUAUGUAUGUGCUUCUUGUGA